AUGUCAUUCACAUCCAUCCCAAUCCUCGACCUGGAUCUAUCCAGGAAUCCGGCCACCAAGCCCGAGUUUCUCAACCAGCUUCGCCAUGCACUCAUGGAAGUUGGCUUCUUGUAUCUAAAAAAUGUAGGCAUUUCACAGGAGUUGUGGGAUGAAGUCAUCAGACAGGGCAAAGGCUUCUUCGACAUUCCCCAGGAAGAAAAACUAAAGAUUGAAAUGAAGAAUGCACCUUCAUUUCUGGGCUACUCUCAACUCUCUGCAGAGAUCACUGCCGGGGCCAUAGAUCACAGGGAGCAGAUUGACCUCUCAACCGAGCAUGUCCUCCCUGGCCCCGAUGCGCCACGGUUUUACAACUUGCUCGGUCCUAAUCAGUGGCCCUCAGAAGAAAGCGCGCCGGGAUUCCGAAGCACUUACACCGAAUAUAUGCGCCAAAUGGGCGAUAUCACCAUCUACUUUACCUCGUUGAUUGCCGAGGCGAUCAAGUUACCAAAGGACGCCUUUGAAAAGUACUUCGAGGCGGAUCCGCAGCACAAGCUCAAGAUUGUCAAAUAUCCGGACUUGGCUGAGCUGGGACUUCCAGAAGGGACUCAAGGGCAAGGCGUAGGCCCGCACAAGGACAGCAUGCUGACCAGCUACUUGCUUCAAGCCACGAACCACCGAGGUCUGCAGGUCCAAAACGUCCAAGGCAAAUGGAUCGACUGUCCCCCCAUCGACAGAACGCUUGUGGUGGCUAUUGGACAGGGCAUGGAGGCGUUGACUCAGGGCGUCUGCGUGUCAACAACGCAUCGUGUCUUGUCCCCCGCCGCAGGGACCGGUGCGCGGUUUAGCAUCCCAUUCUUCCAAGGUGUUAAGUUGGAUGCCACAUUUGAAGAAUUGGAGACGGUUGGAAUCGGCAAAGUCCCCGAAGAAGUUAAGGAGCAGCGUCAACAGAUCGUAGAGAGAAUCGGUGGUCGCAUCGAUGAUGUCGAGUUUACGUUCCGGAAAGGCUCUGUGGCUACCACAAUGGGAGAGGCAACUCUGCGCAACAGGGUCAAGAGUCAUCAGGAUGUGGGACAACGCUGGUACCCGGACAUCCUAAAGUCAAUCCUCGAGGAACAAGCACAGGCUGCGCAGAAGCAGCAGGCCCGCAAUGUGCCCAAGCCAGCUGCAGAAGUGACUCCCACAGCCGUAGAGGCGCACUAA